AUGAAGGGGUCGCUUUUCCUGGCAUUUCUUUGUGCCCAUCUCGUGCAUGCUGCCGGGAAUGCAUCACUGACGCCACUGAGCAUUCCCCCAAGUCUUUACUGGGACGGCGACGAUGGUUGGUGGUCGACUUUUCAGAUACAAGUCGGAACGCCAGGGCAAACUGUAAGGCUAUUGCCAGGAACAUCGGCCAGUGCUGGCUCAACUACCUGGGUCGUCAUUUCUGAAGGCUGCGUGGAUGUUAAUCCGACUCUUGCGAACUGCCCGGAUGAACGAGGAUAUAUUUUUCAGAGCAACCUCUCAACAACAUGGUCCACGCAAGGCCUUCAAAAUGGUAUUGAUGGCGCCAUCUAUUCCCUGAAUACUUAUGAAGAAAGCUUUCUCGGUCGCAUUGGUAAUGGAUCAUACGGCUAUGAUACCAUCAAUCUAGGAAUCCCGGGCGCUGGCCUGCCGACUCUCCAGAAACAAGUCGUCGCGGGAAUUUGGACUAAUGAUUUCUACCUCGGAAACCUAGGCCUCAGUCCAGUCCCUUUCAAUUUCACAAACCUGAACGAUCCCCAGCCGAGUAUGCUCAGCACUCUGUACAAUGAGUCUUUGAUUCCAAGUCGCAGCUGGGCAUAUACCGCCGGAGCACAUUACAAGGACCCGCCAGUAUUUGGAAGCUUGACAUUAGGAGGAUACGACACCACGCGCUUCCAAUCUAACAAUCUCCACUUUGCGUUCGGUGCCGAUUUCUCAAGAGAUCUGUUGGUUAGCUUACGUUCUGUGACAUACGACACCGCCGGUAGCUCGCCACUACUUGCGAGCAGUAUCGAUAUUUUCAUCAAUUCCUUGGUAUCCGAGAUCUGGCUUCCUGUCAAUGUAUGCGAAGCAUUCGCGCAGCAAUUUAAUCUUACAUGGAUCGAGUCAGGCCAGCUUUACAUCGUAGGAGCGGACGCGCAUGCUGCUCUCGUGAAGCAGAACCCAUCUUUUACAUUCAAGAUUGGCCAAGCUGGCGGCGCCGGGGAGAGUGUGGAAAUCGUCCUGCCCUACGCAGCUUUUGAUCUUGUUCUCACAGCUCCGAUCGUUGGGAACGACACGCGGUAUUUCCCUCUGAAGCAGGCCCAAAACGCCACACAGUAUACGCUUGGAAGGACUUUUCUUCAAGAGGCAUAUGUGAUAGCGGAUUAUGAGAGGAAGAACUUUUCGGUCUCACAAGCUCUCUUCCCGCCCACUUCCUUAGCAGCAAGUCUAACCGCUAUUGUCCCUCCUGGCACUCCUGGCAGCGGAAACGAUACAAACUCCACCUCCACGGACACAUCAUCCAGCUCCAAGAAGAGUGGAUUAGGAGCCGGCGCCAUUGCCGGCAUCGCCAUCGGGGCAGUAGCAGCGUUGGCAUUAAUAGGACUAGCAGUUUUCCUCUGGAACAGGAAACGGAAGCAGCGCGCUGAGCUGGCCGAUACCAGUAUCGCACCACCCCCUCCAUUCGACGAAACACACCACAACGUUGUGGACAUGACACCCGACGCAGCAAAAACAGAGCUAGACGCGAGUAACAAACCGGACGUUCACGAGAUGACAGAGCAGCGCUAUGUUCCCCCGGAACUUGCUGCUUAUGAAGGGCAUUAUGGAAGGCACGAACUUGUACAGGAAGAUCGGAUACAUGAGAUUGAUGGUAAUGAGGUGCGCUCCCCGACUAGUGGGACUGAGCCGCCGAAAAGUAAGAGGUUUAGUUGGGAAGAUCAGACUUUGUAG